AUGGAUGAGGAAGCCCGAUUGCGAACGCCUACCCUGGACUCGAGCAGCUCAUACAAGACUUUCAUAGACGAUGGAAGUUUUCCUGGCUCAAACUUCGGAGAGAAAACACAGGAUGCCCAAUUAAAGAAAGAAAACAGAAAAACAAUGAGAAGAGAAGUAAUGACGAGCAUCCCCUCAGGUUUUAUCAACUAUGACUUAGGCAAAAGACAUUAUUAUAGCAAUGAUAUAGAUAACGACUCUGAGCCUGAAUACAAUAUAUAUGAUGAUGGCAGCCAGAGCCGGUCUUCUCCUCGUCCUUCCCCCAAUGCACAAGCACGAAACCAUAAAGAACGCGACUAUGCAGGAGUGCUCAAUAACUCGUAUAAUUCGCAUGCAAUCCCACAUCGUCGUCGUCGUCGUCAUCAUACAACAGACUCUGGAUCACCAGUGCGACAACCAGAGGUGGAAAACACUUCACUCUAUACAACAGUAGCUGGGAUAAGCCAUCCCAAACAGCGUCGACGGCUAAACCGCCGACUCUUCCACAUACACAUGGAGACAGACGCAGAUGUAAAUAUAGAAGAAUCUCUUGAGACGGCCAGCGUAGAAUGCCAACAUGUCCAUAGGUUUCCUAUCCAAGGCAUGCACAACACUGGUAAACGGACACAAACCUAG